UUGGGAAGGCGAGGGAUUCGGCGGAGGAGCGGCCAUUUUAUGCCUGGCUGGGAAGCGGAGAAGAGGGGAGUUCGCGCGGUCGGCGAUCGCGCUCCAUCACAUUCGCUGUUUUUGGAGGUUUUUGCCGGCCGAGCCGUUGCCUUUCCGCCAUGGGUCGGAAGAAGAAGAAGCAGCUAAAGCCUUGGUGCUGGUAUUGUAAUAGGGAUUUUGAUGAUGAGAAAAUUCUUAUUCAGCACCAAAAAGCAAAGCACUUUAAAUGCCAUAUAUGUCAUAAGAAACUGUAUACUGGGCCUGGUUUAGCUAUACACUGUAUGCAGGUACAUAAGGAAACAAUUGAUGCUGUUCCAAAUGCAAUACCAGGAAGAACUGAUAUUGAACUGGAAAUAUAUGGUAUGGAAGGCAUUCCUGAAAAAGACAUGGAUGAAAGGAGAAGGCUGCUUGAACAAAAAACUCAAGCAGAAAGCCAGAAAAAGAAACAACAAGAUGAUUCUGAUGAAUAUGACGAUGAUGAGUCUUCAGCUUCCACCUCAUUUCAAGCACAGCCUGUGCAACCACAGCAGGGAUAUAUACCACCAAUGGCACAGCCAGGUUUACCUCCUGUGCCAGGUGCACCUGGAAUUCCUCCAGGUAGUUAUACAGGUAUACCACCAUUAAUGGCAGGUGUUCCACCAAUGAUGCCAGGAAUGCCUCCAGUCAUGCCUGGAAUGCCACCUGGGAUGAUGCCAAUGGGUGGGAUGAUGCCUCCAGGACCAGGAAUCCCACCUCUCAUGCCUGGUAUGCCACCAGGUAGGUCAGGAAUGACGAAUCCAUACUGUGGUAUGCCACCACCUGUUGGUCCUCGCCCUGGAAUGCCUCCAAUGACACAAGCCCAGCCAGUGACUAGUCCAGGUGUUCUUAAUAGACCACCAGCUCCUGUCAUUGCAGCACCAACUCCCCAACCACCAGUUACCAAACCAUUGUUUCCUAGUGCUGGACAAAUGGGGACACCUGUCACAAGCUCAAGUACAACUUCAUCCAAUUCAGAACUGUCAGCACCUUCUAAAGCUCUGUUUCCUAGCACAGCACAAGCUCAAGCGACUGUUCCAGGCCCAGUUGGUACAGAUUUCAAACCUUUGAAUAAUGCACCUGCAACUUCUACAGAACCACCCAAACCUACAUUCCCUGCUUACACACAAUCUACAGCAUCCACCACUAAUACAACAAAUAGUACUGCAGUUAAACCUGCUACUUCUAUAACAAGUAAGCCUGCUACUCUUACAACAACCAGCGCAACCAGUAAGUUGAUCCAUCCAGAUGAGGAUAUAUCCUUGGAAGAAAGAAGAGCUCAGUUACCCAAAUACCAGCGUAAUCUCCCUCGACCAGGGCAGGGAUCUAUGGGCAAUCCACCAGUUGGACCAAUUGGAGGUAUGAUGCCACCACAGCCAGGAAUUCCCCCCCAGCAACAAGGAAUGAGACCACCAAUCCCACCUCAUGGUCAGUAUGGUGCUCAUCACCAGGGCAUGCCAGGGUAUCUUCCUGGUGCAAUGCCUCCAUAUGGUCAAGGGCCCCCAAUGGUGCCUCCUUAUCAAGGUGGACCUCCUAGACCGCCAAUGGGAAUGAGACCUCCUGUAAUGUCGCAAGGUGGCCGCUACUGAUGCUACUGCAAACGUUCUAAUAGGUUUGGAGAUUAAACCUUUUCUCAUCUUGUGCUGUUAAUAUAGCCAAGCUUCCAUCAAUUAAAACUUCGUUGUGACUUUUAGGGGAAAAAUCUUUCCACAUACAAGGAACUGUUGGACAUUAUUUUACAUGGGAAAAAUUAUUUAGAAUAAUAAAACGGAACUUUCCCUGAUGUUGCAAUUUAUACUGUAUGGCUUCUUUUUCAUGUUUCAUCUAGGUUUUUAGAAGUGAAGUAUAGUAAAUAUGGUUCGUUAAAUUGUGAAGGCGCUGGAAUUACAUGAACAUACCAUCUUUAAAGGCAAGUUCUGUAACCUUAUGUUGCUGUUCAUAAAUGAUGCCUUCACAGCACUUCAAGUGCUGUUGGACUUCAUGUCCCCAACAAUAGUUUGGUGAGGGCUUUAACUGUUGUCAUCUAGUUGUAUACCUAAAUCUGGAUUGUGUAACCAUAUUUAAUGUAGAGUUCCUCCUGUUCCAGGGUUUAUAGAAUUGACCCACUAAAUUCAUGUGAUUUUCUGUAUUGUUUAACUUCAUUGUAAUAAAACAAAAGAAAAAAAUUGUCCUUUUAUUCAUGACCAGCUGUGGACAUCUGCCUGAAGGUUUGUACUGAUGCAUGCUACGAUAGCUUGUCGUAUAAUAAAUACAAUACAAUUCCUGAUGCUACAUUGAUAUUUCCUGAAUUGUUUGAUCAAGUAGAUAUAGACCUGUACACUUAUUAACAAGACACAACAAAUAAAUUUGUCCAAUUUUCUUCAUGGA